AUGAUGAUGAAGUGCACAGUUUUGUGCCUUGUGGCACUUGCCUUAUUUGGCAGCUUAUGUGAAGCUCAGUGGGAUAAGCUGGCAGCACCUAAAUACCAGAAGCCAGCAGUGAGACAGGAGCCGGUCAAACAACAGCCUACGGUGCCCCAACAGAGUAAGCAGACUUUUGAGAGACCUCUCACCUGGGAAUACCCUGAAGACCCCAAGCCUGAGCCCGAAGUCGAGGUGCCUUUUGAGUUGAGGUAUCCUGUUUCUGCUGCAACUGUUGCUGUCGAGUGCAGAGAGAGCACCGCUCACGUAGAAGCCAAGAAGGACUUUUUUGGGAUUGGCCAAUUAAUCAACCCUCGCGACAUUACCCUGGGAAACUGUGGCCCCGUCGCAGAGGAUAAUGCUGCUCAAGUGUUGAUUUUUGAGACAGAACUGCACAGUUGUCUUAGCACAUUAACUAUGACAGAAGAUUCCAUCGUCUACAGCUUCACUCUGUUCUAUGAUCCCAAACCUGUGGGCGAUUCUCUUGUGGUGAGGACCAGCAAAGCUUCCAUAAUUGUGGAAUGCCACUACCCAAGGAAGCACAAUGUGAGCAGCCUUCCUCUUGACCCCCUGUGGAUCCCAUUCUCUGCAGUUAAGGUGUCAGAGGAAUUCUUGUAUUUCACCUUGAGACUUAUGACUGAUGACUGGCAAUAUGAGAGGCCAAGCUACCAGUAUUUCUUGGGAGACACCAUAAAUAUUGAGGCUGUUGUCAAGCAAUUCUUCCACGUGCCCCUCCGUGUUUGUGUGAGCAGCUGCGUAGCCACCAUUGCACCUGACAUGAACUCAAGGCCUAACUAUGCCUUCAUUGAAAACAAUGGGUGUUUGGUUGAUGCAAGGAUCACAGGCUCUAACUCUAGGUUCAUGGCUCGCACUGCAGAAAACAAGCUUCAGUUCCAGUUGGAGGCCUUCAGGUUCCAGGGCACUGACAGUGGACUGCUCUACAUUACAUGCCAUCUGAAAGCUUCAUCCACCGCCUAUCCCAUCGGAAGUGAUUAUAGAGCUUGUUCCUACAUCAAUGGGUGGAAGGAGGCUAGCGGACAGGAUGCAGCUUGUGGCUCCUGUGAAUCUGGUGGAUUUGGAGAAACUGGUGGAGCUACCGGAGUUGGGUCUGCCGCCACACCUGGUCAGUGGGGUCAGUCAACUGAAAGGAAGAUCCGUGAUGUGUCCCAAAAUGAAAAUAACGUUUUGGAAUGGGAAGGUGAUGUCACCCUGGGCCCACUCACCAUUGGAGAGGUGGUGAUCGCUUAACUCAAUUUCCUGGCAUGGCUAUGAACAUGAAAUUAAACAUUCUCAUUGGUUAAUAACUGUCUGUAUGUUUUUAUAGUCCUUUUCCCUCCUUUUCAUAGUUCAGCUUAAACAAGAAGAUAAGCCAUAUUUAGGCAGAAUUUGAAGUAUACAAAAACUAAUAAAGGUGUAAGACACAGAAAAGAAAAAAGUAUAACUUGCUUUACAUUGCCCUCUGGUAAAUGCUCCAUAUUUUAUUAGGAGAAAGCC